AAAUUCAUUUUUCAUUUUUUUUCCAUAUCGAGGUAGCUUCUGGCUUCAGUCUCUACGGAAAGACAGAGAAAGAAAACAGGAUUGAGCCUGUUUCGCUGUGAGGGAUAUAGAGUUUCAGGCCAUCAAAUGGGAAGCCUUCAACAAGGUUAUACGGGCCAUGUUGGUGAGGAGAUGUGAAGUGAGUUGAUUACCAUGUCCUAGAAUUGAGGUAUGGUGGGCUUCCAUUGGAGCUUCUUGGUUAACUGGUAAAGAUGAGACGUCAGGGCCAGUAUGCUGAUUCAGGUGUCAAUGCCUAUGUCACUGCUCAGAUGCAGCAUAUGUCUGGUCAGAGGAUGGAGCACAAGUCUAGUCAUUUCCAAGGACGGUUAGAAGGCUUGAAUUCUGAGAAGGAGCAUCUUUAUGGAACUUCAAAAGUGGAGGGACAAUGGAGAUGGGAAAGAGAUGGACCAAAAGUAUCAAACCCAUCUCAUGUGUUUAACGAGGGUCAAGGGGGUGAUGCAUUAUCCUUUUACCAGGGGCAGAGGCCAGAUGCAAAACUAGGUCUAGAGAAACAAAGCAACAAUGAUCCCAGAUCACAGCCCCAUGAAGAAGAUAUGGACAUUGGGUAUGAGGAUAAUCCUCUGUCACAUACUUUUGAAGGUAUUGAGAAGAAAUUCCAUGAUGAUCUUUUGAAGCUAGCCAAGGAACAAACUGAUGCAGAGGAUGUCGAAAAUGCUAGACAUAGGGAGAAGAUAAAUGCAAUCAAUGCUCAAUAUCAGGAUCAACUAGGAGCACUUAGGGCUCGGCAUGCCAACCGAAGAGAUGAGUUCCUCCGAAGGGAAUCACACGCCCGGCAAAGUCAAUAUCAGCAAGCUGCAAUGGACCAUUUCUCUAAUAGUAGCAUGGGCCCAAGUGAUCCUCAUGGUUAUGAUAGGGUUGAAGAACAACGUCGAGCCUAUAAUGCUGAUCAUUUUGAUUCUUACAGAGAACGGGCUCGAUUUCUUGGGGGUGCCAGGGAUCAUGGGUUUGAACCCAGAGGCCAAUAUCCAGGUGGGCGUGUUUAUGACACAGGCUCUCGUUACUACUGAUUUAAGUUGCUUACUGACAUAUAAAUCUUAAUCUGCUACUUUUUCUUCAAGGAUUUAUGAUGUUCUGGUUUGUUAGGCUGCCUAAACUAGCAUGUUAGUUUGGCUUCUUCCCCACCGUCACACUGCUUCUUCAUAUAUAUAUAUAUAUUAAUUGUAAUGAUCUUUUUAUGUAGUUUCAAGAUUUUAAUUCUUGGAUCA